AUUCCCCCAAAACGAAGAAUGUCAAGCAAACCCGUUCUCUACUACGCUCCCCGCAGUCCGCCCUGCCGCGCUGUGCUGCUAACAGCCGCCGCCCUGGGGCUGGAGUUGGAUCUACGCGCUGUUAAUGUAAAGGCGGGAGAGCACCUGACGGCAGAGUUUCUCAAGCUUAAUCCGCAGCACACGAUUCCGGUACUGGAUGACAACGGCACUGUGGUGAGCGACUCGCACAUCAUCUGCUGCUAUCUGGCGGACAAGUUCGGAGGCGCCACCGACUCCCUGUACCCAAAGGACCCCGUACAGCGACGCACAGUGGACGCGCGCCUGUACUACGACUGCGGCCACCUCUUCCCCCGCAUCCGGUUCAUUGUGGAGCCCGUGAUAUACUUCGGGGCAUCCGAUGUGCCCUCCGACCGCAUCACCUAUGUGCAAAAAGCGUACGACGGCCUCGAACACUGCCUGGCUAGCGGCCCAUACCUGACUGGCGAGGCACUGACCAUCGCGGAUCUGUGUUGCAUUUCCUCGGUGUCGACAGCCGAGGCGUUCGCCCCCAUCGAGGCAGACAAGUAUCCCCUUCUCUCUGGGUGGGUGAAGCGCCUGCAGGCCCUGCCCUAUUACAAGAGCAGCAAUCAGGAGGGCUUGGACAUGCUGGUAAGUCUGGUCAAGGGCCUGCUCGCGGAACGUCAACAGAAGCAGUCCUGAGUCCAUCCCGACUUCCGAACAAUCAAUCAAUAUUAUAUGUAAUGUGUAAUAAAAGCAGAGGUCAUGCAUCAUGCUCCUAUCAG